AUGGCUGAUCAAACCGAGGGACCCGCCCCCGCAGGCUUCAAGAAGGUCACCGAGGGAAAGGCAACCAUCCUCUUCCCCGACACCAACGAGGUCUUCUACAACCCCAUCCAGGAGUUCAACCGCGAUAUCUCCAUCGCCGCCAUUCGCACCUGGGACGAGAUCUACCAGGAAGAGCGAUCUGCUCGCCUCGCCGAGAAGAAGGCUCGCAAGGAGGCCAAUGCCGCCAAGAGAGCCAUCGAUGGUCUUGACCCCUUGCCAGAGAAGGAGUUUCCCGAGGGAAGCGACCCCACGGCUACUCGUGGAAUCACCAUUUUGGAAGCACUCUCUGCCUCAGGACUUCGAUCCAUUCGCUACGCAAAAGAGAUCCCCAAUGUCCGUCACAUCCUCACCAACGAUCUGGAAGCCGAUGCUGUCACCUCGAUCAAGCGCAACGCAGAGUUCAACGGAGUCAGCCCCGAUCUUUUAGAGCCUCACAAAGGAGACGCCAUUGAUGUCCUGUACCAACACCGCGAUCCUUUGAAACGUUACAAUGUCAUUGAUCUGGACCCUUACGGAACUGCUUCACCCUUCAUCGAUGGCGCUGUCCAAGCAGUCUCCGACGGAGGAUUGCUCUGUGUUACUUGCACGGAUCUCGCUGUCCUCGCCGGAACCAACUACACCGAGACUUGUUACGCCAAGUACGGAGGUCACCCUGUCAAGGCCGAGUUCUGCCAUGAAGUUGCACUUCGCUUGGUUUUGAACACUCUGUCCAUCUCUGCUGCUCGCUACAAGAGACACAUCGUCCCUAUGGUCUCUCUCAGCAUUGAUUAUUAUCUUCGUGUUUUCGUCCGCGUUUACACCUCUGCCGCGCAAGUCAAGUUGCUUGGAAGCAAAACAUGCGUUGCCUAUGUCUGCACUGGAUGCCAAUCUACCUACACUCAGGCUCUCGGAAAGGCAACGGAAGGUGCCAAAGGAAACUUGAAGUUUGGUGUCAGCACUGGACCACCAGUCGACGGCCGCUGCGAGCACUGCAACAGUCGGUUCCAUAUUGCUGGACCUAUGUGGGGCAAGGAGCUUCACUCGGUGCCUUUCAUUGAUCGCAUGUUGAAGCACGUCAAGGACGCGUCUCAUCUUUACAAGACUCAGCCUCGUAUUUUAGGAAUGCUCAGUGUCUGCAAGGAGGAGAUUGAGGCACCAUUUUACUACACCGCCAACGGACUCUCAGGAACUGUGCACUGCACCAGCAUUCCUCUCCUUCAUAUCUCAUCUGCACUUCUCCAUCAAGAGUACAAGGUUUCUGGAUCUCAUGCUGCCCAGGGAUCGAUCAAGACAAACGCGCCCCCUUCGGCUCUUUGGGAUAUCAUGCGCUCCUGGGUCAAGCUGAACCCUGUGAAGAACAUCAAGCCCGAGUCGCCUGCUGGUCGCAUUUUGGCUGUUGAGCCCAAGACCAUUGCCAACUUUGAAAUGCACCCGGACGCAAAAUCAGAGUCAAGAAAGACCAACUUGGUGCGCUACCAGAUGAACCCUACCAAGAACUGGGGACCACAGGCCAGGGCCGGCGGUGCCAACAAGCGAAAGGCUGCAAAGCCUUCGAAGAACGGAAAGACGGACAAGGCCAAGGCAGAAGAAGCAGGAGAAGAGACUGCCUCUACUGAAGCUGAGGCGGACACUGCCAUGAACAUUGACUCUACCACUGCAUAA